AUGGCGCUCCCUCUGACCCUUCCUGAAAAACAGGAUCGACCGGCUCUCUCUGAGAGCUACCGGACAAUGCUUGCAGAUCGUCUCAACCGGAUUCGCAAAGCGCACCUCGUCUUCAAAGCAGCGCGCCUUUGGCCCAAUUCCCGACAGAUACCAAGCUUUGGGGAGCUGAACCCUGUGCACGAACACGCGUUGCAGGAAGAUGUCGUCAUCUUUGGAAUCCUUGUUUUGAACAGCAAGCAGCGUAAGUCGGCGGUUAAAACAUAUCGAACACUGCUUGAGCCAACCGUCCAACCACCGGUUGCAGAGAAGCUAGUCACAGAUGGAGAUACGUAUUACGUAGAAGACGGAGGAACAAGAAUUCAGCUAGACAUCAAGGCGCUUUCCGGAAGCGUGCCUGUUCCCGGAGCCGUCGCUGCCUUGCGCGGCCUGUUCGUAGCACCAGAUACAUUCAGCAUUGAAGAGCUUCUCUACCCAGUGGAGGUCUUUGCCACUACGCCGCUACAGCCUUCUCCUGAUCUCUGGACAGAUAGUAUGGCACAACUUGUCCUUUUUGUGGCAGGAAUGGACCUUGGCUGGGAGGCUUCACACGCAGCUCGUGCUGUUCUCUUUGCAACUGCGUUGGGCACACCUCCUUUUUCCUCCGUCAAGCAAGUUGUUCUUUGUGGAGGAACCUAUGCACCGGUCGAUGCUGGUCCCGCUGCCGCAGCGUGUUUGGGAAACGCUUUGAGCCCAACCACCGGGUUCCUAGAUCUCCAAGCCUCGUACGAUCUUGUGGAUACAAUUUUGGCGCGAGUCGCUGCUGCGCGGCCAACAAUCCUUGUUCCAGGUCAAAGUGAUCCUACGCCACGACUCUGGCCUCAGGCACCGGUCCCCAGUAUAGUUCUACCACGCUGCUCUCUCACGAACUCCCUUAUUUCCGCCCCUUGUCCUGCAAAGCUUCUUACAAGGGAUAAGCAACUUGUCUGGGUUAUAGACGGGACUGUUCUCACAUAUCUGGCUGCACUCAUUCCUGCGUCGCUCACUGUUCCUGCACUAGUUGCUACCCUUCUACAAGUAGCACAUCUCUGCCCUCAGUCACCCCUCUUUUUUGAUGUACAACCUCUUCAGUUAGAUGCUUUUGUUCUUGAUGAGCCGCCUCAGUAUAUAGUUGUUAGUAAUCAUCCACAGACUACUACUCCAGAAGCAUAUGCUUUAGAGUAUGACUGGAAAGGUGUCCAGUGCACAUGUAAGAUCUUCUGCGUUCCUUCGUUCACCUCAACGGGGUCUAUACUCUGUUGGGAUCCUACCGGGAGGUGGUCGACGCUCAAAUUGGAUAAUACAACGAGUUCACUGUCCCAGAGUGCAAUUCUCUAG